AUGCCAUUAAAACGAAAAAUUCGAAAUCUUCCUCUCGACAAAUGGAAUAAUGAGCAGACAUCAUCCUUCGAUUCGGUUUAUGAAUCAUCUUUCUUGAAUAAUGAUACGAAUGAUAGUGAUCAUGGUCAUGAAGGAGACGAUGAUGACGAAAAUAUUGAUUCAAUACCUCGACAACGCAUUAUAGAGUCAAAUGAUGCUUUGACAGCUGAAGAACUGUCCAACAACAAUAUUGAUAGUAAUCAAACUGAUCAAGUAUCAGAAGCAAAAAUUGUUAGUCGUAUUCAACAAAUUCAAAAUUCACUGGAGCAAGCAAAAUCAAUGUUAGAACCAAUGGAAAAGAUGAAAGAUCUCAUCCCAUCAUCAUCUUCCCACUAUCUAACAUCUGAACAAAAUGAAGAUUUUCAUAAUAAUAUGAAUCCACGACAAAUGUUGUUGCAAAAUUCAAAUAAUAAUACGAUUAUUUGCAAUUCUAAUGAAGAAAUUUUCGAGAAUGAAAAUGGUGGUGAUAGUUUUCUAUUGUCUCGUCCAAGAAUUGAAAGUAAAAUUGGUUUUAUUCCAAUAAUGUCUAAUGGAGAAGAUCGAACAAAUGGUUAUUCUGAUAAUGAAGUUCGUAAUAGUAAUUCAAAUUAUGACUCAUUAAUAGGCAGUUUAAAAUCGGAUACGCUCACUUGGCGAGAACAAUCAACAUCUGAUGAGAAUGAAAGUGUUGAUGGUAAUGAUAAAAUUGAUGAAAAAGAAGUGGUGAGAAAUUUAAUGUUACAAAAAGAACAGUAUCGAGCACUUCAGGGACGUGAAAGAGCUUUGCUUGCUUUACAAAAACGUUCUGAACAACGUUUGCAAGAACAGCGAGAACUUCUUAAAAACUCAAAAAAAUUGAAGAAACCAACAUCAUCAUCGAAGAAUGUAGACGCUCAAAAUACUACUUAUACAUUUGAACGUUCAUUAUCAAAUAUAUCCGGAUUUGAACCAAUAAAAGACGAUGGUGAUGAUCAUAUCAUCGAGAAUACACGACAACAAAAACAAUCUAAAAACAUUUCGGAAAAAGAUUUAUUAUAUGAUAUAACAACAUUAAGAAAUCGUUUAAAAUUGUUACGAGGAUUGUACGAUCGAAAACACCGAGCGGAAUUAGACAUAUUGGCAAAACAAGAAAAAGAAGAAAAUAAACACAUAAUGUCUAGUCAACAACAACCGAAACAUCAAUUCUCAUCACGUACUAAUUCUUAUGUAAGUGAGCAAAGUGUUGGAAGUGAUCAUAAUUUUCAAGAUACUAAAGAUGCAUGGAUAGAAACUGCUCGUUCUCGCCGAAUAAAUAGUGCAAAUGAAACCAAAUCAAAGUUAAAAAUAAAAUCAGAGACGUUGUCAUUAUCGAAGAAAACGAAUCGUUUAAAAGAAUUAUAUCAUGUCAAAGAACGUUUAGAUGAAUUGGAACAAAUUAUUAAUUAUUAUCAUUUAGAAGCAAAUGAGAUGAUUGAUGAUGAUGGUGAUUAUGAUGAUGAUAGUGAUAAUGAAGUGGAAAAAGAAAUGUUUUAUGAAGAACAAUCCAUUCCAUCAUCGGAAGCACUAAAAUUAAACAUGUUAAUGACAAAACCAAACAAAAAUCAGGAAGCACAAAAUUUAGAUCAAUUAUCAGAUGAACUGAAUAUUAAACGCAUGUAUGUAUUUUUGAUCAUGUUUAUUCAUUCUGUUCAACAAAGUGAACAUUUUAGGGAAUUAAUGAAAGCAAAAACAGCUUUGACAGAAUUGCAACAAUUGGUUAAAACAAUUCAACCAGAUGAAUCGUUAUCUUAUCGUUCAACACCUGUUAAACAGCCAACAACAAAUAAUGAUGAUUUCGAAUUAUGUAAUGAUCAAUUUUCCUACAUUUCACCGAAAGAUCAAACAAAAACAUCGUUAUUAUCAUAUGUUUUGUCACCAAAACCGGAACAAACUCGAUCGUCUGUAACCAGUUAUACAGAUACAAAAAUGGCUGCACAACAUCGUGAAAUCGAAAGAUUGGUUGAAUCACGUCAACGUUUACAUACGAUUAAAGAUCAAAUAGCAUCAUUACAUAAUAGUAUGAAUAAUCAGGAUAAUAAUACGCAAACAUCUACAAAAAAGGUUGAUAUUCAUUCUCCAUCAAAUUCAUCGACAAAAAAAGAUAAAUUCAGCGAUACAUUACGAUCACAAAUGCAUCACCAACUGGAUAUGCGAGAAGAAAUGCUCUCAAAGAGUAGAAAUAUGCGUAAUGAAAUUAACCGUAAUGAUGUGAUAGAAACAACACAACCAUUGACUAUAAGAAGACGGAUAAAAAAUGAUAAGAAGAGAAAUAUUAAACAUGAAGGACAACUAUCACCCGAAUGGUUAUCGAGCGAAGAAAAUACGUCAACUACUACUACAGAGGAGCAUAAACAAGAAAAGACUGAUAAGCAAAGUUAUCGUAUUAAACAAGGAAAUUUUCAUGCACCAGAAGAUAUUGUGGCUGAAACUGAACAUUUUGAUCAAACAUCAAAUAUUAGUAAUAAUUCAAUAACAAAUGAUCUUAGUCAACAAAUGAAAGAAAUAUGUCAUUGUCUAAUGAAUUUUAUACGUGAACAAAAAACAUUUAAUAAUACGAUUGAGCAAAAUAUUCGAAUGAUCGGAACAUCUCUUACACCACCAGGAACAUCCACAUCAGUUGAUCCUGUUUUUCAACAAUUGCAACAGCAAGUGCAAACACAAGGUCUCAUUGUUAAUUUAAAUUCAGCGUAUCGUGAAAUAGCUGUAUUACAAUCAGAAAUCAAUUCAUUACAAUCAAAAAAUUCACGUUUAUCAUCAUCGAAUCAACAAGACCAAGCACAACAACCACAAAGUAUGUUUCAAAGAGAUGAUUCAAAAGAUUCAAUCUACAGUGUUGGACAAAUUAAAAUCAUAAAUAAUGAACCUACAAGUAUACGUUAUAAUCGAUACAAAACGGAUUAUGAUGAACAACUAUCAAAUGGUAUUAAUAUUGAAAAUUCAAGUAACACACCGUGUAAUAGUCAAAGUACUGGAAAACAGACAACAAUCUACGUACAAAAUAAAAAUAAUGAACAUUUAUUAAAUAGAAAUCAAACACCCACAAAACAUGAACGAAAUACAAUGUAUACAACAGAACAAUUUAUUUCACCAAAAUUAACGAAUUACCAAUCUGAUUACGAUACUAUGAAUCGUCAUGUACAUCGUCGCUCUUCUAAAGAUAAUAUACAAACAAAUCAAAAUAAGCCAUUUGAAAUUCAUCAACGUCCAUUAUCAUCAACGACAGAUAAUAAAAUUGAUUAUGGUCAUCAAAAAAAAAUGUCAACUGAUGAAAAUAGAAGUCCAUUAUCAUUUGAUCAAUUUGACGAACAAAAGCCUAGACUAUCAUUCAAUAGCUUUUUAUCAUCACAUUUACAAACUCGUUCAUACAUUGAUCAAAAUAGUGAUGAUGACAUAAUUGAUCAAUAUCGACAAUAUAACGAGAAUUUACAUACACCAUUUUCUCCAACAUCGAUGCUAUAUUCAAAUUUAACCCGUAAAAACAUAUCAUCGUCUAUAUUUAAUGUUGAAACAAAACCAUCUGAUUUGAAUAACGUUGAUAUUCAAACGUUAGAUUUACAAAUUAAAAGUAUAAUGGUCCAUUUGAUACCUUAUAUGAGACUACAUAUUAAUGAAAUAUUUAAUUUGCUUAUUUUAAAUGAUAUUAAAGACAGAAUAUUAUUUUUGUCGAAGCAGCAACCAGAUUCGUCUCAAUUUGUUCGAAAUUAUCAAAAUCAAUUUUCUUCCGUUUUAACAACAACAAUAGCCAAAUAUUGUGGAAAAACUAUUCGUGAAUGUGCUGUCGAUUUGAUUCGAGAUAUCUCAGAAUUACUAUUUAAUGAAUUGGUCUUAUAUAAAUCAUAUGAAAAUUCAAAACUUAUAGAAACAAAUAAAUAUCACGAACGACACGAUGAUUAUAUUCAUUUAUUAUCGUCGACCACUCAACAACAACAGUCAUUGAAUGAUGAAGAAUUGGAUAAAAAUGAUGGCGAAUAUCAAAUUGAACUUGAUAAAUCAAAAAGUAAACCGUUAAUAUUAAUUGGUUCCAAUGAAGAAGAUGAUGAUGCAGACGAGAACAAUAAUGAUGUUGAACAACUUGAAACUGCUGUCUUUCGUCAACAGGCAAAUGUUAAACCAUUACAACAACAAUUUCAAUAUGUAGGUAAUGAAGAAAAAUUUAAAACAAAUAAUGGAAAUGAAACAACAGAUUUAAAUUCAAAUGGAAAUGAUUAUGUAUUUGUUAACUGUAUGAAAACGGAUUUGAACAGUAAACAAAAAUUACAUGACGAAUCUUUAUCACAUAUUCAAAAUGAUAUCAACCGUGACGUUGAAGGAGAAGAUGAUGAUGAUAAUGAUGAUGAUGAUGAACAUCUAUCGAGUAAGAAAAAGAAAUGUAAUUUAAACAAUAUUAAGUAA